AGAGGGACAGGGACCCUGGCUAGAAGGGAUACUGUGUGUUCUACAGCAUUGGGCCAGAGCCAGCAGGGUAGAAGAGGCAGAAGGCUUGCUGUAGGCACUUCCCAGGGUCAUGGUCUCGGUUCCUGGCAUGCAGCCCUGAUCCUGGGGCAUAUCUGCCAGCUUCCGCCUGUGCUGGUAUAGGUGACAAGCACUUGGCCACUCAGGCUGUGCUGGCUAGGCACAAUGCAUCACAACGAGGGGGGCCCUUUAGGGGCCUCAGGCUGGAGGGAAGAAGGCAAUUCUAGAUCAUGUCCCAUUACAUUUGGUUUGCAUGGCCAUCCCUACCAGGUGACAUAAGCACUGACCAGGCCAGCUUCGUGUCCUUCCCCAGGGCCUGUCCUUCUUCUAGCACCUGUGGUUGGAGGGUUAGUGUCCUUGGACGGGCUUGGGGGAGGGCUGGUGGCUGCUGGUUAAAUUUAGAGUAGCAUGUGUGCUGCCUGAAGUCCACCUGCUACCGCUGCUGCUGCUCGGCCCUGUUGGGAGGAGGCAGGCAGGGGCAGGCUCUGCCUGGGCCAAGCCUAUAUUAAUCUGUGCUCUGGCCUAAGGGCCAGAAAGGCCAGUGAGAGGGAGGCCACCUUGUUAUCAGGGCCAAGAGAUCAGAGGUGAGUGCCUCCGCACAGGGCCUCGAGUGGUGUUUCUUCCAGCCUGCAGGGACAGAGGGAUCAAGGCUCACCUCAGGCCUUCCUAGCUGCCUACUGUCCAGCUGAGAAGUCAGGCCCUCAGCCUGAGCCACAGAUGGGUCCAGGGGCUUAGAUACUCAGUGCUGAGCUUGACCUAUAAGGCCAGUGGGAGUGGGGCUCUAUGGGCCUAUCAGAGCUCACUUCCUGUUCUCUACCAAUCAGGAGCAAGAAGGAAGAGGACUUAGUUACCCUUGGCCUGGGUUGUGGCCCUAAGGGCAACCUCAGGCUGAUGUGUAUAGAGGGUAUGAGGGCAGCCCAGGGUGAGGUGUCCAGGACGAGAUGUCCUGUCUCCAGGCUCUUCCCCUCCCCCCAAACCCUUGCAGUGCUCAUCAGGGACCAAGGUCCAACCGUAACACUGACAGUCCCCAUGGAACCCAGAGACCAGACACCUCCCUUCCCUCCCUCCGUGCUCCCCAGAUAUAGGGAGCCUGGCAUAGGUACCUAGGAGAAGGAGAUACAAUCCACUUGCUUAAGUAAAGAUGGUGUGUGUGUGUCAGGUCGGAGAGGGCUAGGCCUCAGCUGGCCCUCGCUAGGGUCAGGCUCCAGUAGUUCCUGGCUCUGUUCUUAAUAGACGCGGUUGUUGAAUGCUCUCUUCCCCUCAUCUCCAGUGUGUCAGAUCUUGAGCCAUCCGUCUGUCCCUACUCCCCAAGUGGGUCUCCUGCUCCCUCACUGGGACAUUAGGCGGCACUGGGCCUCGCCCCAAGCCCCGCCUGCCGCCUUACCACCUCCCUCUGCCUCCCUGGGGCAGAUCUGUGCCCAGACUGGUGGGGCGGGGCCCAGGGUGCUGCAGCUCCUUUAGUCCUUUCUGCCCCUUUCGGUAGGACCAGAAGCCUGUGGUGCAGAGGGUGGUGUCUUACCUCAGCAGACUUCCCCUUUCCCAGCCCUGAUUCCACGUCUGGACCGGUCUACUUCCCGAGCCAGUAUCCUGCCUGGUCUGAGCAGUCAUGGCCUCAAGAGCGAAUGAUCAAAGCCAGGCUUCAAGGAAUGGACUGAAAGGGAAGGUGUUAACUCUGGAUACCAUGAACCCGUGUGUGCGGAGGAUGGAGUAUGCCGUUCGAGGACCCAUAGUGCAUCGUGCCUUGGAGCUGGAGCAGGAGCUGCGUCAGGGUGUGAAGAAGCCCUUUACUGAAGUCAUCCAUGCCAACAUUGGCGAUGCACAGGCCAUGGGGCAAAGACCCAUUACCUUCUUCCGCCAGGUCCUAGCACUUUGUGUCUACCCCAAACUUAUGAGCAGUCCCGACUUCCCAGAGGAUGUCAAGAGAAGGGCAGAACGCAUCUUGCAGGCAUGCGGGGGCCAGAGCCUGGGUGCCUAUACCAUUAGCUCUGGCAUCCAGCUGAUCCGGGAAGAUGUGGCACAGUACAUUGAGAGGCGAGAUGGAGGCAUCCCUGCAGACCCAAACAACAUAUUUCUGUCCACUGGGGCCAGCGACGCCAUUGUGACAGUGCUCAAGCUGUUGGUGGCCGGUGAAGGCCGCGCGCGAACAGGUGUGCUCAUUCCCAUUCCUCAGUACCCACUGUACUCGGCUGCUCUGGCUGAGCUGGACGCCGUGCAGGUGGACUACUACCUGGACGAAGAGCGUGCCUGGUCUCUAGACAUCGCGGAGCUGCGGCGCGCUCUGUGCCAGGCACGUGACCGCUGCUGCCCUCGCGUUCUGUGCGUCAUCAACCCUGGCAACCCGACUGGGCAGGUGCAGACCCGUGAAUGCAUCGAGGCUGUGAUCCGCUUUGCUUUCGAAGAGGGACUCUUCCUGAUGGCUGAUGAGGUAUACCAGGACAACGUGUACGCCGAGGGCUCUCAGUUCCAUUCAUUCAAGAAGGUGCUCACGGAGAUGGGGCCGCCGUACGCGACGCAGCAGGAGCUUGCUUCCUUCCACUCGGUCUCGAAGGGCUACAUGGGCGAGUGCGGGUUCCGUGGUGGCUAUGUGGAAGUGGUAAACAUGGAUGCGGAGGUGCAGAAACAGAUGGCCAAACUGAUGAGUGUACGGCUGUGCCCACCAGUGCCGGGCCAGGCCCUACUGGACAUGGUGGUCAGUCCACCAGCACCCUCUGAGCCAUCCUUCAAGCAGUUUCAAGCAGAGAGGCAGGAGGUGCUGGCUGAGCUGGCAGCCAAGGCUAAACUCACCGAGCAGGUCUUCAACGCGGCCCCCGGGAUCCGCUGCAACCCAGUGCAGGGCGCAAUGUACUCCUUCCCUCGAGUGCAGCUGCCCCCGCGGGCAGUGCAGCGUGCCCAGGAACUGGGCCUGGCCCCUGACAUGUUCUUCUGCCUGUGCCUCCUGGAGGAGACUGGCAUCUGUGUGAUCCCUGGAAGUGGCUUUGGGCAACAGGAAGGCACUUAUCACUUCCGGAUGACCAUUCUGCCCCCCAUUGAGAAGCUGCGGCUGCUGUUGGAAAAACUGAGGCAUUUCCAUGCUAAGUUCACCAAGGAGUACUCCUAGCUCACACUGGACGGCCUGUGACUGAAUCAGCUGAGGGUCCUUGGGAGCCUUCAGUAUUUGCUGCUUUUGCCUAGGGUCUGGGCGCCUGUCCCUGCAGGUCCCUAAUAAAGCUGGGUGUCAGCCCGACUUGAAGUGGC